CUUUCUUUGUCGUCACUAUGCUAGUUUCAUUGUACACAAUAGCCCUGCUAUCCUUUUCUCUAAAUGAAGCCGAAUCGUUCAGCUCGCGAGGGGGAAAGGCGCACCUGUCUCCGUUGCAUUUGGCUCCACAAGACGAAGACUUGACCGCUCCGUCAGAUAUUUUGGAAUGUUCUGUUCCCACCAACCCAGUACUAUGCGAUCGCUUAAAAUGUGAGCUUUAUCAGCUCGGGGCUUCUUACGACAGGGGAUUCGGAGCUAGUCCAGGGGCUCGAGCGAAAGCCCAGGCUGUGGUUGAAGAGCUAGAGCGCAUGACUCCAGAAAACGCAGCAGCUCAAGGAAUUGAGGGUACCCAUCCCAAUGGUUCGCCCUUGGCGGGUAGCUGGAGAAUGAUUUGGACGACAGCAGUGGAUGUCUUAUUGUUGAAUGCGUCACCUGUUUUUAUAACUGGAGCAGUACACCAAGUGUUUGACCCCCCGGUCGUUACAAACGUGAUCGAUUUUCUACCUAGGGCACAGUCUCUGUUUCCACCCGACGUCGUGCCCAGCAGUCUCCUUCGAGCCAAGGUGCAGACCAAAGCAAGUCCGAGGCAGAAUAAGCCGAACCGUGUGGGUUUAUUGUUCGAAAAGGUCCAAGUUCAGCCGUUGCAGAUCUUGGGUGUUGAUGUCAACAUGGUUCCGCCGUUAGGAUUCAAUUUGCCUAAACUGCCAGGGACAGACAAUGGCGACUCUCCAGGGUAUUUUGAUGUGACGUACUUGGAUCAUGAGCUCUUGGUAAUUCGCCAAAACGCCCCGGGGGGUUUAUUUGCUUUGGUUCGGGUAAACUCCAUUGAUCCCUAG